UUGAAAAAGUUGGCGCUGUACGACGUUGUGCGACGGGGGGUUUUUAAAGGAUCUUUUCAGCACGGAAUACGUGUCAAUAUGCAGAACAAAGAGAACUACGACCCCAAGGGGCCCCAGAGACAGCUCACCACACCUGCUGCGCAGACGGGUCCACAGAGGGUUCUAAAAAACCCGGGAUCGGAGACCGGAAACCGAUUCAACAUCCCAGCACCAGGAAGGGUGGCGGUGCAGCCUAGCGCAUCUGAAUCAGCACCGCAGUUUUCCAUCCGUAACUUCGACAUCGGCCGCCCCCUGGGGAAGGGCAAGUUCGGGAACGUGUACCUGGCCCGGGAGAAGAAGCUCAACUUCCUGGUGGCUCUGAAGGUGCUCUUCAAGUCCCAGAUGGAGAAGGAGGGGGUGGAGCACCAGCUGCGCAGGGAGAUCGAGAUCCAGUCCCACCUCAAACACCCCAACAUCCUGCGCUUUUAUAACUACUUCCAUGACCGCUCGCGAGUGUACCUCAUCCUGGAAUACGCCCCGCGCGGCGAGAUGUACAAGGAGCUGCAGCGUUGUGGUCGCUUCGACGACCAGCGCACGGCAACGUACAUGGAGGAGCUGUCGGAUGCGCUGCUGUACUGCCAUGAGAGGAAGGUGAUCCAUCGCGACAUCAAACCGGAGAACCUGCUGCUGGGCUUCAGGGGGGAGCUCAAGAUCGCAGACUUCGGCUGGUCUGUCCACGCGCCGUCCCUCAGGCGGCGCACAAUGUGCGGGACGCUGGACUACCUGCCGCCUGAGAUGGUGGAGGGGCGCACCCACGAUGAGAAGGUGGACCUGUGGUGCAUCGGUGUGCUCUGCUACGAGUGUCUGGUGGGGAACCCCCCCUUCGAGACGGAGAGCCACCGCGACACCUACAAACGCAUCACCAAGGUGGACCUGCAGUUCCCCAAGGUGGUGUCGGAAGGGGCGCGGGACCUGAUCUCCCGGCUGCUGAGGCACAGCCCCUCCCUGCGCCUCCGCCUGCAGGACGUCGUGCAGCACCCCUGGGUGCGCAACAACUCUCGCAGGGUCCUCCCGCCCGUCUACACCCCGCAGAAGGCCUGAGCCUCACCCCGGAGUGGAAAUGCCCCGGGCUCACUGUAUGGGAGUGAACUGGCAACCCCUCCGGGCACUGCAGCUGCAGGGGAGCCAUUCUCCCUAAUGACUGGCCUCUGAAGCUGGGCUUCUAGUAGUGGAAACAUCAAAUUUUAUUUCUUUUCUUUUUUUAUUUACUGAAAUUAGUAUAUUUUUAAUUGGAAGGUAGUAUCUGUGGGUGGCAUCUUAAACUUUGUAAAUAAUGUUACUUUUUUCUUUUUGUCACAUCUGUUUGUAUAUACUUAUAUUAUAAUAAAAUUUAAAAAAAGUA